ACUCUUUGACUACCAUUCUACUUGCUACCAACCCUUCUAUUUACUUUUUGUAUCAUGGAAUGCAAGUUACAUGAGGAACCUAACAUCAAAUCAAGACUCACGGUUCAUGCUCUAGUACAUUAUGUAAAAUCUGAUUCUCUUAGAAUGCUCAAGGUGACUAUAUAAACCCCACUAACUGUGGCUCUUUUCGGUGUAUAAACACCUGCCCAUUCCAAGAAAAAUGUCUUUAGUUGAAGAAUCACCAGACUUUCUCCAAGUCUUUUCUGAUGGAACUGUGAAACGCUUUGCACCCGGAAUAGUCCCUGCCUCAUCAGAACCAUCUAAUGGAUACCAGUUCAAGGAUGUAAUCAUUGACUCGUCGAAACAAAUUACCGGGAGGGUUUUCAUUCCUAGUGAUCCAACAUCCUUGAGUAAGCUUCCAGUUGUGGUUUAUUUUCAUGGUGGAGGCUUCUGCAUUGGCUCAACCACAUGGAUUGGUUACCAUCAUUUCCUAGGAGACUUAUCCGUUUCAUCCCAAUCGAUUGUUCUUUCAAUUGACUACCGUUUGGCUCCAGAGAACCGGCUUCCCAUAGCUUAUGAAGACUGUUAUGACUCACUUGUUUGGCUUGGUCACCAAGCAAGCUGUGAUCCAUGGCUGAACAAGGCUGACCUCUCCCGGGUUUUCUUAUCCGGGGACAGUGCUGGAGGGAACAUAGCACACAAUGUUGCUGUGAAAACUAUGCGCAAUUCACUCAUUCAUGUCAAGAUAAGAGGACUGUUGUUGAUACAUCCUUAUUUUGGGAGUGAAAAGAGAACUGAGAAAGAGAUGUCGACGGAUCAAGAGGCAGUUGGGAAUGUGGCGAGCAAUGACAUGUUCUGGAGACUUAGUAUACCUGAAGGUUCCAAUCGCGAUUAUUUCGGAUGCAACUUUGACAAGACAGAACUGUCUGUAAUCCAAUGGCGCAAUGAGUUUCCUGCUGUGACAGUUUAUGUUGCUGAACUGGAUUUUUUGAAAGAGAGGGGUGUAAUGUAUGCAGAGUUUCUGCAAAGAAAAGGAGUUGAAGUGAAGCUGGUCGAGGCUGAGAAUGAGUCCCAUGUGUUUCAUGUAUUCAAACCUGAAUGUGAGGCAACCCGUUUGCUUCAGAAAAACAUGAAGGAGUUCAUUUGGAACUAUUAGCUGCUA